UAAACCCAAGAGAAACAUAUCAAAAUGCACAAAUGUUGCUUGGAUCUUGGUGAAGUGUAAUUUGGUUCCACAUAUGUCUAGUAUUUUCCAGAAAUAUUUACCCGAAUAAGCAAAAGAUGUUAUUCAUUAUAAGUUGACUAGGACUGGUAAACUGUUAUCCUGUUAGCGGUGUAACCAAUAAUGAAGGCUUAACUGGUGGUUAAUAGUUACAUCGAUAACCGAUUAAGUAGUUUACGGUCGGUCUCGGUAGCCAAACUCAACUAAUUACUAAUUGGUAGUUAAACGGUUAAUCGACUAACCAAUUACAAUCAUUCUCAUAGUUAGAGCAAAAAAUAAAAGGCAUCGCUGAGCCGCAGGCAUAGGCUAAAAAUAAUAGGAUGUUUGAAGGCCUACUAGAUCUCUUGCCUACCCUCGUAGCUCUAAUAAGGCUCUGCCCAUCUUGUACCACAAAAAUCCUUUUUAUCGGGGGUUCGACUAUUAGUCGACUUCCACACUUUUCUUGUUUCUUCUGUAUGACUGUUCGAUCAACUCUUUGGCUUAAACAAAAAAUAGAAUCCAUAUUUUCAUUAAUAUGUCUAAUCACUAUUACCAAACACAAAACUUUUCAUAACCGCAUUCAAAUAAUCUUAAGAGUUUAAACCUUUAGAUUCAAACUCAUAUUCUCCAACAAUCUCUACAAAUCAAUCCACGAGACUGAAAUCCUCCUACUCAUCACUUUCAAUUCAUCAAUUUGAAUGCAUUAUUCAUAAUUAUUUAAAUUAUUUAAUAUCAGUUGUUAAUGAAGAAGGAAAUUGAAAAAAGUAAUGGAAAGACAACUAAAACAGUAAACAAUAAACAGUGAUGUUACAUCCGUUUUGGGAAUAAUUUCAGAGCAUAAAAAUCCCCCACUCCCACUCUCUUUGUACAACUACAAGCACUCCAUUUUCUUCUCUGGAUCUCCGAAGAAAAUAUACAGGAAAAUCUUCUGAUCAGAUCUUUAGAUUCGAGCCUGCGAUUCCCGUUCUCUUGUAAUCUGCAGCCCAUCGAAUAAAUCCUCCGUAUCGUACGUUUCUCCCCAUUUCAGCUAGAUCGCUGAUUGCUUUAUAUGUCUCUGCUUUCUGUUAUUCUUCACUGUGCGAGCUUCUUUCGCUCGAUAAUUACUUCCCUCUGCUUGAUUUUUUCCCCCUUCUUUCUGUGGCUGAUUACGUCUGGUUUAUUUUCUGUUGGUGGCUCUGGUAAAGGUAUAAGAGCAAACAGCAUGCCGUGGACAUCUUCUUUUGUGAAUUUCAACCGGAGCUGCGUUCGCUUGGUGGUCUUUUUCCGGGUGAUUCUGUAAUUUUGGGUUUCGGCUUUGCUCGUAAGUUCUCUCUUGGACGCUCCUUUAGAUAUGCAGGCUUUUACUUUUUAACCUGAUAUACCAAUAUUAUUUGUAUUUCAGCCACGGCGGUGGACUCUUUUGAGUGAUUUUGGUUGAAGGAAGUAUUAAGAGUGAUAUUGUUUGUUUAUGUCUGAGUAAUGAAUUGUCUUGCUCUACCAGUGUGACUUGGUGGGCUUGAACUAUUAAGAUUGGGGUUCACAUUUCGCUUGUUUUGUUGUUAAUCAAGCAUUCACUUUUCGCUUGAUGCUGCAGGUACUUUUGGUUGAUUUCAAGCGUGCAUUUAGAUUGCAUAAGUGGGUUCUAGAGUGAUAAUGUACUUAGGGGUUAAACAACUUCGUGGAGUGAAGCAAGUAGGGAAGACUAAGAUGAGUGCUCGGGUUGCUGCAUAUUACCAAGUGAUGCAAAUUUGUCAGGUACAAGCGUUGUACUUCAUUAGAUCGAACUUUGGCUCGUGGAUUCACUUACGUAUUAUUCCUACUAAUGUUGGCCUGUAAACUGAUAGAAAAUAUAAAAAGCUAUUAUGAUUCUCCUUUGGUGAUUAUAUUGAUCUCUUAACUCUUAAGAGGUAGCUUACUCCUAGUUCAUUAUUCCUUAUAAGUUAUUAUUUUCCUGGACCAUUACCCAUGAUGCCUGUACUUUUGCUCUAUUCUUAUUGAUGCAGGCUGAAUAUUUCCGUCAGUUGCUGAAACCUGUUACGUAGUAUAGAACAGCAGAGACUUCGAUGUUAAUUGGGAUUUUGGGGACAAAUCUCCAUCUGGUUGUGUUCAUAUUAUAUAAAAAGGGCAGUGCAGGAGAUAGUAGUUUGAUGGUGGUGGUUUUUCAUAUGCCAUAGACAGCUGUUGUUAAGCCAAAGAGGUUGAUAACUUGACUAGCUAGUGUUCAUCACUUGCAAAAUCAAAUAACUGCCUGCUUAUAGAGCAUAAAACCAACCCAAUUUCUUGCUGCUGACGAAAGGGAUUCUGAUGCAUAGAGACCAGAGGUUCAACCGGAAGGCAGUGGGACCUCCACUUGCUAAUCAAGGGGGUGACAACUAUAUGCAUCUCCCACUUUCAUCUUCCUUUCCUGAGAACAUACCUCCAGCUGCAGAUGACUUGUUGCCUAUAUAUGGUGUUGAAUUUCAGCCAUCUGAGGUCUGCCCAAGGAAUUUCGUAAUUGUUGAUCAAACUGAUCAUCACAGUCAAAUAAUGUUCAACCCUGAAAUUGGCCACAAAUUCGCUGCUCCCAACUUCAAUAUCCCCUCAAGUUUCAUUCACGAGAGGAGCUUUAUGGGGAAAGAAGAUGCCCUUGAUCUUGAGAAGGAGUUGUCAACGUGGAAGGAAGAUUCUGAUGAUAUUGAUGCACUGCUAAGCUUGGAUGUGGACGAUGAUGGUGAUGAUGAAGUCAAGGAUGAAGAUGAGGUCAGCACUGCAAGGACAUAUGGGAACAGCUCUCCUGAUUAUUUUAGCAACUACUACCAUCACAACAACUCUAGGAGCAAUGUUUGUUCAUCUGUUCAAAAGUCAUUCGCUGGGGGUAGUAGCAGCAACAGCAGCGAGAAGAAACAGUUAAAGAUGAAGAGGAUGGUGAAGGCACUGAAGGGAAUCAUUCCUGGUGGGGAGCAAAUGAAUACCGUUACCACUAUAGACGAAGCAGUCAAGUAUCUCAAAAUGCUCAAGGUUGAAGCACAGAAGCUUGGAGUGGGGAAAUUUAAAGACUACAACUAAUAACCUAGCCCAAUCGAUUCUCUAGUUCAAUACAGGUAACGUCAUAAACAGUCAGUCACUCCUCUUACCUUCCUUUAGGCAGGUUUGGCAUCAGCAGCAGAAUAAUGACAGCACGUUUACCUUGGGGCUUUUAGGUUGGUUUUCAGCAAACCACUUUUAUAAAUCUGCAGUUUGUCAUCGUUAAGCGAUGAUGAUCUCAGUUGUCAGUCGCAGAUCAUUUAUGUAAACUACAUGUUAUGUACUCCCAUAUAUUGAUCAAGAAGACAGGGGAUGACCAUCCAUAGGGAACUUCUCUACUCUGCUUGUCUAUCUCUCUUCAGUUUGUUACUGAUACUUUUUAUGAAGCCGUCUUGUAUCGUACUCCUUGACUCACUAUUAAAUAAUGUUCAAGAUUUGACACAGAGUCUCAAUCAUUAUGCUUAAGUCCUUCACCUUGGUUCUGGAAUAUGAUUUCUCCUAGUUACCAUAUAAUGCUCGUCUUCUCCAUAUCACACUAAGAAUCUCUGAAUCUAUAUAGUGUAUUGUUGUCACCUGCAUCAUGUGGUUGGGAGAUUAGAGGCAUGAAGAUCACAAACUGCGCAGUUGCUAAUUUCCCCCCUUUAAAUCUGUUAUUGUAGUGCCUAGCUUACUGUCCCCCUAAAUAGAAAAGGCUGUGGAGUGGUCUGAGUGGAGCACCAGAAUGAUACAAUAUGUACACACAGUAUCUUUUGUCUAAGUGUUGGAUUCAAGUGGGGCUAAAAGCUCUUUUUUUUUUUUUUUUUUUAUGAAGUGGCUUAAGUGGGUCGUCCAUCACUUUUAUGUUGGCUUUCUCAGAUCUGUGUCACUUUCUUUCCCUGGUCUUCUUCUGUACCUUUUUUCAAGUAAAAUGCUGCUAUCCCAUCCUUGCUUGUCCUUUUGUAUAUCCUUCCUUGUGUGGUGGAAUGAGAUUAGGACGUGGGAGAGAGAUCACUCACUGUCAUGCAUGCAUGGAUUUUGGCCCUUUUCUCUUCCUUGUCUGUAUUUUCCGAAGUGCAGUAAAAUUGCCUUGCAAGUGGCGCACCACUUUUUUGUUUGUCAAUUGUGCAUUCCCCACCGCCACCACCACCCUUUUUUGGGGUCGCUAUUGGAGGCUGAAACUUGGUCGAGUUGGGGAUAUCGAUUUGCUUAUUUCACUGUCAUGGAGUUGAUUCAGUGGUUUUGGUGCUUUAUAGUAGUGACCCAACUUGGGUUUUCACUUUUUUUUUCAGUUAGUGUUGGGUGGGUCAAUUAGGUCGUUUGCCCCAUUUUUUGCAGGUAGGUAACGGGUCAAUUUGGUGGUUUCUUUAAUUGUGGAGACAAUAAGGUAUGGGUCUAAUUCUAUGAUGGCUGAACUUAGUAGUUACCCCCAUACACGGUGCUAUUGGACUCUUGGCUGGAAGGUGCUGCUGUGGGCAAUAGUUUUUGGUGCUUCUCUGAGGUCAGCUCUCCUUGCUAGUUAUUCCUGCAAUUGGCACUGGUCAAAGUAUUAUUUCUCAUUACUACAGAUGUGUGAUGAUGUGAAUGGAUUGAUGGCUUGAUAUUUUUUGUCUUCAAAUUGGAUCAAAUCAGUGUUUAUGAGACGAAUAUGACUGAAAACUGAACUCGUGUAUUCAAUUGAUUACUCAAGGGGGCUUGGGUUCUAACUAAGUGGAAGAACGUGUGCACGAACCCAGAAUGCUGCUAUUGAGCGACCAUACAUUUUGUUACUCUAAUUCAUUGAUUCUCGACAGUCUUUAAGACACCAUCUGAUCUUGUUUUGCUUCCAGGCAGGAAUGUGUAACUGAGAACCCUUCCAUUCAUUUGCUUGGCCCAGGAGAGCAACGAUCGCCAGGACGAAACUUGCCCAACUUCUGGGAAACUAAAAUAUCUCAGUGAAGCACCAAUUGAACGUGGAACGUAAUGCCAUAGCCUGUCUCCUACAAUGAUCGUGUGGAACUUUGUAAGCUGCUUGAUCAACAAUCCCCAAGCUGUCGCAACCAUUCACUGCAAACUUCACUUUCUUGCUCCUUCCAGCUCUCACAAACACCCGCCGGAACCCAAUCACCUGCUUCAAAUGGGCUCCGGCUACCCCCUUAUGGUGAUCUCGUUAUUGGUGGAAGAACACUCGACUCGACUGGUUACAGGGUGCGACAUUAAGGUCAACCUGAAAGUUUGCAUGGAUUCUAGAGUGCAUCAAAGGUACUCCGGACCUUUCAGUGAAAGCUCAUUGUUCCUUCUUACAACCCAAAAUUAUCGAUGAGCCUGCUGCAGAUCUAUAUCACUGAAAAAGAACUCUUCCACGAAGGGGGAAAAAGAGACUUUUCACUACCCGACUUCCAAAUUACAGUAAAAUGAAAAUAAACAGCAUCUGAACUGCAUUGGAUAAAGUAUCCACAGCACAAGUCCUCUGGAGAGCCAGAAAUAUACCGCUAAACUCAACUCUUAAGAACAAAAUUUUCUUAUCAUACUGAACAGAAGCAAAGAAGUCGCACCAAUUUUGGUGACAUCUUAUGAGUUUUUUGCUUGAAAAAGAAUCAUAAACAAGCAUCCUGCGAGCAUUAUAAAACAAUGCUAGCAGCUGAAUGUCAGGUUAAGCUAGGCUGGAUCAUCCGGGAAAAUCAGACUAGGAGGGAGGGAGGGAGGGAGAAACAAUAAAGAGGUAUAAGAAAUAAAUGUUCAAAAAGCUUCUGUUAUUUACAUACAGAAGUCAGAAGCAAUGGUUGGCAGACAAAACCUUGCGGUUUGUCUUCCCCUCAUCUGCUUUCGUUUCCCAUUCUUUGGUUGUGAUCAUCAAUGGAACUUCACCAUUCGAACUUUCUUGCAACAAUUCUCCAGAUCCAGUCAGCAAGACUGUUCAGGUUAGUCCUUCCUCCCUCCAACUAUAUUGGACUGGCUCUCGAUACCUGCACUCGAAAACCAACAGUUAUCCCAUCCGUCUGCCCUGGUUUAAAUUUUCUCGUCUCAAGUAACCACAUCCUUCCUAUUUGUAUCAGGUGUGCAGAAGAACACAGAUUAAGACAAAGGAACUAAAUACAAAUCUCCUUG